UGCACAUGUAGAUGUGUUAGGAUAGAAGGACAUUAGAAUACUAUCCAAGUGUGCUUUAGGUUUUACUAAAUAAUCUAUCCUCAGGCAAAAAUUGCUAUGAUUUUUUAUUCCUUAUACGAGUUGUUCACUUUAACAGAAUGGAUGAUUUUCACUGCUGUUUUCUUGGUUUUUAUUAAUAUUGUCUGGAACAAAAAUCCACCAAACUUUCCUCCAGGACCUCCACCUUUGCCUUUCCUGGGAAAUGUUUUUACAGGAGUUGACUAUAAAACUAUGAAUAAGUUAGCAGAAAAAUAUGGGAAUAUUUUCAGUCUCAGGAGAGGUACCACCAAAAUUGUGUAUGUUUCUGGAUAUGAUAUGGUGAAAAAAGCUCUUCAAAGUGAAAGCUUUGCUCGCUAUGUUACACCUUUAUUUGAUGAAAUUUACAAAGGCAGAGGUCUGUCAUUUACAAAUGGCUACUCAUGGAAGAAGCACCAACAAUUUUCUGUUAGUUUCCUUAAAAACUUUGGAGAAAGCAGGGAAGCUCUACAACACACAAUCCAUCAGGAGUGCCAUUACCUUUGUGAAGCAUUUAAAGAGGAACAUGGCUGUCCCUUCUACCCUCUCUUUAAAAUCAAUAAUGCAGUAGCCAAUGUUAUUGGCACCCUGGUAUUUGGCCAUCGCCAUGAGUAUGAUGACGCCCAGUUUCAGAAACUUCUGCGCAUGAGUGCAGAGUCUGUGCAUCUUACUGGCUCUGUGUGGAAUGAGUGGUAUGAUGCAUGUCCAAGCAUAAUGAAACUCGUACCAGGACCUCAUCACACUAUCAUUGCAAACUAUCGUAGACUGGCAGCCUUUUUGAGAGAGAAGAUUGAUAAACACAAGCAGGACUUGGGUGUGGAUGAGCCUAAAGAUUACAUCUACUCCUACUUAACAGAAAUUGAAAAGAGGAGGAAUGACAAGGAAGUUCCGUUUAACAGAGAAAACUUGCAGUGGUGUAUAGUGGACCUCUUUGAGGGAGGAACAGAGACGACAACUAACACCCUAUGCUGGGCUCUGCUUUUCAUGAUAAACUAUCCACUGAUACAAGAAAAAGUCCAGGAAGAGAUUGAAAGUGUAAUUGGACAGAUACGUUUACCUACUAUGGCAGACAAAGCCAACAUGCCCUACACCAAUGCUGUGCUUCAUGAAGUGCUGAGAAAAUGUGAUAUGGUCCCAUUGAACAUGUCCAGGGUGGCCACAACAGACACUACACUAGGGGAAUAUGUGAUAACAAAGGGAACUAUAAUGAUUGCCAACAUCUCCUCUGUGCUGAAUGAUAAACAUGAAUGGGAAACACCAAACACCUUCAAUCCGGAGCACUUUCUGGAUUCAGAGGGCCGUUUCCGCAGGAGAGAUGCUUUUCUUCCGUUCUCUGCAGGUAAGAGGAUGUGUCCUGGAGAGUACCUGGCACGCGUGGAAUUGUUCCUGGUCUUCACCUGCCUCCUGCAAAAAUUUACAUUUAAACCUCCACCUGGAGAAGAGCCCAAUAUGGAUUCUCAGCUCGGUUUUACGCAGGUCCCCGUGCCGUAUAAGUUGUGCGCCUCCCAACGAUAAAGUCUUAGACAGAUUUCUAUCCACUCCUGAAUAUAUUGUUACUGUUUAAAAAAUAUAUAGAAAGAAGUUAAUAUAGAACUUUACUAAGUUACUAACAUACAGUAUGUACAUAUAAAGAAAAUUUUAAAUCCAACUUAAGUUUUGGAAUUAUUAUUAUUAAAAACUAUAGAAUACUUGCUAAAAAUAAAAACAUCAAUUAUUCACAAUGAGUUAUCUUAUUUUGAGGUCUUCCUUGACUUUCUAUAAUAAUGCAAUUUGUAUUCAAUUUAAAGAAAUUUGUUGCCUUAAGGCCUUGUAUUUUUGAAGUAAGUAUAAUAUUUGUUGUAUUUCAAUCUAGUUUUAAAGGAGAACUAUUAUGCAAAGUUCACAAGUUUAGACAUUUACACGGAAAAAUAAAAAAUGAGAGAAAAACACUCCCUGCUGUUUGCUCUUUUAC